CUGCCCUUGGCCAGGGAGGUUGGAACUGGUUGGAUGGUCUUUAAGGUCCCUUCCAACCCAAACCAUUCUGAGAUUGUAUUUUAUGAAUUAGAAGUGAGUGUGUUUGGUUUUCUUUUUAAUCUGGUGGCCCUAAAGCCCACACAGGUGACGCUAGAUGUGAAAUGAAGUCUUUGACUGCUGGGUGAGCACAAAGACUUUGUGUCCUGGCAGGAGCUGUCGGUCACUGUUCAUGCUGACUGUGUUAGAAGAAGCUUUCCUGUUCUUGUCGUCCCUGUUCUUCCACGACACAGUGCCCUUUUCUCUGUGGAGUGGGGAACAGCUCUGUGCUAGUUGUGUUCUGGGUAGAUAAGACAGUUUCUUAGGAUUAUUGGAUGAGUUUUGGAAAUGCUUGAUACCACUUAGCUUUCCCUGCUUUUCAGGUAAACAGGUAUGACAUCUUGGAGGGGAGUAAAAAGGUAAAAAAGGGACUUUUCCUCUGGCUGACAGUAAAGAAAAUCAGGGUUUUUUCCCUGGUCCCCUGUAUAAGUGUGGCAUUUAAAUACUCAGCUAAAUUUCUGUAUAGGUCCAGAACUGUCACUGCAGUUUUCUGAGUGAGCGUUGCAAUCUUCGUGUUGUCAGCUGACAACAUAUUUGACAGUUCUACUAUUCUUCCACUAUUUAAAAGACUGGAAGAUGUUCUGUUUAUUUGAGAAGCUUUUAAUCUGUCUGAUGAAAAUGGAUUUGUUCUUUGUUUGUAUUUUGAGGUUGUUGUUGGGGUUUUUUAAUCUGCUCUUAACAUUCUUAUGAAUCCUCAGGUACUUUUUGUCCGACACUUAGUUCAUCUUAGCCUUUUCUACCCCAUUUUUCUUUCACACCUUGGCCUGUGGUCAGGAAAUACUUGAAAACAGGUUGUUUGCACCCUUGCUUUAAUUUUAUAAGGAGCCUGUUAGAUCUGUAGGCUGAGUUACUUUCUCAUAGAAAAUGUCUUGGCCACUUGACAGCACUUAGUUCAGGACUCUGUAAUGCACAUACGUCACUUUAAGAAGGAGACUUUCCAAAUGCACUAGGAAGCAAAUUUGUUGAGCUUUCUGAUGCUGCAGAUUCAGAGAGAAGAGAACUGGUCAUGUUCCUUACUCUGCCAUGUGGAACAUGAACAUGAUGGUGUUCUUGCCUGUUUCCAACUCAGUUUUGGGGGCAUUCGGAAUUGCUAUUGCUAGUUAGGCAGAUGUUGAGUUCAGUAGCAAGGGAGAAGCACUUCCCAUGGCUUGCCAAGCAAGCAUACCAGCUAAUACUGGUUUUUUUUUAGAUGGCAUGGGGUCUCCUUUGCAUUCCUCAUCUAUGAUGCCAUAUCCAUACUCUCCCCACUACUGGACUUUGGCCAGAUCCUCAGCGUUGCUGUAAUCCCCUGCUGAAAGAGAUCAGUACCAGGGUUGCAGAUGCAUGCCAGGUUCCCGCUGAAUGCCAGCAGUAGAGAUCACUCCAGAUGGAGCCCCAGGGUCAGCAUGGCAGCGGCGGUUCCGUGGUGGUGAUUCAGCAGCCCUCCUUGGACAGCCGGCAGCGCUUGGACUAUGAAAGGGAGAGCCAGCCCACGACGAUCUUGUCACUGGACCAGAUCAAGGCCAUCAGGGGCAGCAACGAAUACACCGAAGGUCCUUCUGUGGUGAAAAAGUCUGCUCCGCGGACAGCACCGAGGCAGGAGAAGCACGAAAGGACUCACGAGAUUAUACCAAUUAAUGUGAAUAAUAAUUACGAACAUAGGUCCAGCCAUGUGGGGCACGUGGCACAUCAGCAUAACACGAGGGCUCCCGUCCUGAGCCGGUCGACCAGCACGGGGAGCGCGGCCAGCUCUGGGAGCAACAGCAGCGCCUCCUCGGAGCAAGGGCUGCUGGGGCGGUCACCCCCGUCCCGGCCGGGCUCCGGCCACAGGUCCGACCGGACAAUCCGGGCGCAGCCCAAGCAGUCGUCCCUGAUCGUGGAUGAUCUGAAGGGUCCUUUGAAAGAGGACUUGACGCAGCACAAGUUCAUCUGCGAACAGUGUGGGAAGUGCAAGUGCGGGGAGUGCACGGCGCCGAGGGCGCUGCCGUCCUGCCUGGCCUGCAACCGGCAGUGCCUGUGCUCGGCCGAGAGCAUGGUGGAGUACGGCACCUGCAUGUGCCUGGUCAAAGGGGUCUUCUACCACUGUUCCAACGACGAUGAAGGGGACUCUUACGCGGAUAAUCCCUGCUCCUGCUCCCAGUCACACUGCUGUUCUAGGUACCUGUGCAUGGGAGCCAUGUCCUUGUUCCUGCCUUGCUUGCUCUGCUACCCUCCGGCCAAAGGAUGCCUAAAACUCUGCCGAGGGUGCUAUGACCGCGUCAAUCGUCCGGGUUGCCGGUGCAAGAACUCCAACACAGUCUAUUGUAAACUGGAGAGCUGCCCCUCCCGGGGUCAGGGCAAGCCUUCAUGAUUUUGGGAGGGAGGUUUACUUCCUCCAACUUCGGUUUUUCAGGUUGUAGCUGAUUUUUUUUUUUUUUUCCCCUUUCCUUCUUCCCCUUCCUCUCCCGUUUUGGGAGGACUGUUCUUUUCCUUUCCCUUCUGUCUCCCCAGCUUCAGAUACACAAGUUCUUCCCUUUGCAUCUUUGCUCUCCUCUUCCUAUUGACUUGGCUGAGUGUGGAGCGUUCCAUGUAGUCGUUGCUGCUCUUUGGUAAGUGUGGACCUGGUAUCUGCACCUGUCGCUCACUUGGGCAGGGUCUUUGAGCUUGUAACUGAACCACUCCUGAGAGAGACAGUGAGGGCUCACUGGGCUCUUGAAGCUUCUUGCUCUGUGAAUAUCUCUUCCCAAAGAUGUUUUUCCUUCUCAGCAGUUUAUGGGUUUUUUUUCCUUAACCUUCCGGUAGCCAAGGAAGAAUAUCUUUCCUGAGUGAGCUGGAUUGUGAAAUAGUUUUUUGUGUGUGUUCUUUCUGGAGAGGGAUGUAAAAUAAAGGCUUCACCAAAUGAAAGGUCUGACUCUUCUAUAAGCAGCCUGCUUCUUUUUGCAUCUUUUUUUUUUUCCCCACCCUCUCUUUUUGUCUUAACUUUCGGAACAUUCUCACACCUGAGAAUUACCCUGCCUCCUGCCUUUUUUUUUUUUUUUUUUUACAUUUUCUAUGUAACUUCAGUUUUUGCUACACUGCGUAGAUCUUCACAUUGGAGACAUUGUGGCUGCAACAUACUCAUUUGUUUCUUUUGCUGUCCAGUCUUUGAAGGAUAUUGCUCGCUCCACUCUCCUAAUCCUGUUCUUAUAGUCUGUCAGUAUCAGUUGAUAUUAAAGUUGGUGGUGUUCAUAUAUCCAAACAGCCUUCAGGUGUCAUUGAGUCACCUAAAUGUUCUUGAAUCCUUCAAGUUUCUUGUGAUCCUUUGGUUUAGUGAGUUUAGCUCUGCUCUGUACUUUAUAAUUUUAUUCUGUCCCUGUUUUAUUGCCUUAGCCACAAAUUGUGGUCCUUUUUUGUAUAUUUUAUGUAUAAAACACAAAGUUGAAUCCCAACUAUUUUUAAGACAAAAGUCUGUUAAAACUUUUUUUAUUGUAAAGAAUAUUUAUUAUGUGAAUCUCUAUUAUUUUAUGAUAUUUAUUGCAAAAGACUUUGAAAAUGUACUCAUGUCUGAAUAUAACAAAAUAUCAAUACUUAACGAAAUAAGGAUGACACGAAGAAAGUACAUAUGUUAACUAUAAUGCAGAAAAUAUAUUAAUUAAUGAAAAUG